GAGUGAUCGUGAUCUGUGCUGGGGACGUGUCACUGCGCGGCAAUAGCGCGCGGGACGAAUAAGCUCAUGCGCGCAGCAUCCACGUCCAGCAGACCGACCUGACUGCGCCCACUUUGACUUUGUACAUCUGUCUUGCUCCUGCCGACACAACACUAGGUCGAGCGUCGCCGACGGACAUCGUCAACCUCGCUUAACUACUUCCGGUUCAGCCACAAUCCGUACAGCGCAUGAGGCCUUCGCAGGUUGUCAUUCACGUCGGUACACCUCCCGAACGUUCGCCGCGCUCUUCAUCCGACUUCGAGGAGAUCCAAUACCCUAUCAACCAGUCUCCAAGCUGGGCGACUCGUUCCGCUCGCGAGGAGGAACUGCCGCUGCACUACAUGAGCGAGGAGACGGCACGGCGCAGGGUGCUCCGCGGCCCCAGCGGCAACGGGGUACACCAGGAACCCAGCCAGACCUCGGAGAAGGAGUACGAGAUAUACGACGACGAAGGGAAGGAUGUCUACGCAAAAAUGAAGGACAUGCGAAGUCCUCUGGGUAGCGGACGUCUACGACGCCCACCACCGCCUCCUCCUACUACAGUGAGCGAGUUCAUCCAGCAAAACCUCGAACAUAUUCCCCCAAUUGUGUAUACUCUCUUGUCAUGUUGGACGCGCUUUCACAGAAUAGGCCACGCACCGCUUGUCAUCUGGGAUGAGGCUCACUUCGGCAAGUUUGGAUCCUUCUACUUGAAACGCCAAUUCUACUUCGAUGUGCAUCCUCCACUGGGGAAGAUGCUCGUUGCGCUGGCGGGCCUUCUCUCGGGCUAUGACGGACACUUCGACUUCACCAGCGGGGCGGCGUAUCCGGACAAUGUUCCGUACGUGGCUAUGCGGGUGAUGUUGGCGACUUUCGGUGUUGCUUUAGUACCACUGGCAUGGUACACGGCUGUGGAGCUUGGGAUGAGUUGGAGGGCGUGCCACUUGGCGGCGAUCAUGGUGUUGCUCGACGUUGGCUGGCUCUGUAUCUCGCGGUUCAUCCUCUUGGACUCUAUGCUUCUCUUCUUCACGUUCACUACGGUUUUCUGUCUGGCAAAAUUCCAUAACCAGCAAUAUCAAUCCUUCUCAUUCGACUGGUGGUUGUGGCUCGCAAUGACAGGUGUAUCAAUAGGCUGUGUAACAAGUGUCAAAUGGGUUGGCAUGUUUGUAACAGCACUAGUCGGUCUCUACACCAUCGAGGACCUAUGGGAGAAGUUCGGUGACCUCCGGAUGACAAAGCGCGAACAACUGAGACAUUGGGGAGCUCGCAUCACAUGCCUCAUCACCCUACCACUCCUUCUCUACAUGGCCUUCUUCAAGAUUCACUUCAUGAUCUUGAACCACUCUGGCCCGGACGACGCGAAGAUGAGCUCCCUGUUUCAAGCCAAUCUCGUCGGCAACACGUUCUCGCAGAACCCUCUUGAAAUUGCUAUCGGCUCAAAAAUCACGUUGAAGAACAUGGGAUGGGCCGGUGGCCUACUUCACUCUCAUGUACAGACCUACCCGGUAGGCUCCUCGCAACAGCAAGUAACGUGCUACCACUAUAAGGACGAGAACAACGAUUGGGUACUCGUCCCAAGAUGGGACGAGGCACCGUACGAUCCAGAUGGCCCCAUCCGGUUUCUCGCAGACGGCGACGUUGUUCGGUUCCAGCAUGUUGCGACCAAACGGAACCUGCACUCGCAUCCAAUCCCUGCUCCUGUCUCGAAGUUAAAUACCGAGGUGUCUGGAUAUGGAGAUGACAAAAUCGGUGAUUACCAGGAUUAUUGGGUAGUCGAAGUCGUGGAUGACCUGCGCCGCGGCAGCAAGACUCAUGUGGACAAGAUCCACUCGCUCACCACUCGUUUACGCCUUCGCCAUCAGGCCUCGGGAUGUUACCUUCGUGCUGGCAACGAAAUCCUGCCUCAGUGGGGAUUCAAGCAGAUCGAAGUCAGUUGCGACAAGGAGAACAACCCCAGUGAUAUCUACACCUAUUGGAACGUAGAGACUCACAUCAACGACCGACUUCCGCCCGGUAAUGCCCAGUUCUACAAGACGUCGUUUGUCCGCGAUUUCUGGCACCUCAAUGUGGCGAUGAUGACGACAAACAACGCGCUGAUCCCUGACCCUGACAAGGAAGACAUCCUCGCCUCGAAACCGCUCGACUGGCCCUUCUUGCGCUUGGGUCUGCGUAUGUGUGGCUGGGGUGCGAACCAAGCGAAGUUCUACCUGCUCGGAACGCCCGUGAUAUGGUGGGGGAGCACGUUGAGUCUCUUCGUCGCAGUCGCAGCUUUGGGUAUCUACUUGCUACGCAAGCAGCGCAAAUACGUGGACAUGGAGCCCAGGGAAUGGGACCACAUGAUCUACGUCGGUAAGGUAGCUGUCAUAGGAUGGGCGCUGCAAUUCGUGCCAUUCCUGAUUAUGGGCCGUGUAACCUACUUGCAUCACUACCUGCCUACUCUCUACUUCGCAGUCCUCACAUCAGCUCAUGUGCUCGACCACUUCGUCUUCACUACCCGACGACUAACAGAACGAACCAAGUGGAUAGUCUUCAGCGUGGUAGUCUUCUCGAUCAUCGCCACAUUCUGGUGGUUUAGGGGAGUCGCCUUCGGUAUCGACGGUUCUAUCAAUGACCACUGGGGACUCAAGUGGCGUUCGGAUUGGAACAUCUACGAGGAGUGAGCACUGAGAUGGACAGACCCUUACCUCCCUUGUCGCUAUCGUAUC